AUUUUAAAAUAAUUCCAUUCAAUUCACAACAAAAAAUCGUUCGAUAUUUGAACAUACGACAUAGAUGAACUAUAUUUUAUAUAAUAUUGAAAAGAUAAGUUAUGCUGACCGGUUGUGGUGAUGAGCUGCCUAAUCCCCACAAGAACUGCUUGCGGGAGAUGCUGAACACGCUCAUAUGCAAUGAUCAGGAUGUGAAGCGUUUGAAUACGGAGCUGAAGAACUUGGAGAUACAGCUGAAAGAGGAGCUGCGGAAGAUUGAGAAGGAUAAUGCGAAGUGCGCCGAUGUCAAGCAGAAGCUGACGGAGAAAGGAAGUAAGCCGCGAAUUUGUGAGCCUGAUGAGGAUCAUGCGGAAUUCACCAAGCGGAUCAUUAAUUUGGAUGAAAUAAAGCAUUUCUAUUCAAAGCGAUCGGAGGAGAUACGCAAACGUCGAGACAGCAUCAUAGUGUACGCCAGACAGUGUCUGCACGCCUACAGUGAGGAGAAGUGCAAGUUCAAAUCCUUUCACGAGAAUACGGUGGAUUAUAUAAAGCGCACGGCUGCUCUAUCGCAGGAUCCGACUGUUGUCUCACGCUGCGAGCGGGAUGUUUGCGAGAUGUACAAACGAUUCGUUAAGGAGGUGGCCAAUCUAAAGCACUGCGAGACACAGCUGCAACCGUUCUUUCAGCUCUUGAAGGACUCGGAUCCGAAAGUCAGCUGCGAAUGCUGCUGCCUCAAGGAUUACGAAUGGCUGCCACAGGGCAAAAAUAUGGAGACGGUUGAUGGCGCCACCAAGGAAUUGAAGGAGAAGAUGGGCAAGACCAUAGUGGGCGCCUUUGCUCAGCUGCAUCUCCACAUGCCUCAGGAUAUGUUCGGGUUCAUAGCCGGCUACCUGAUGAAUGUGGAGCGCAAUGAGCAUGAGGUAAAGGAGAAGCUCGAUCUCUUCCAAGACCAUGAUGAUUCCCCGGUUAAGGAACUCCCCGAUCCGACCUAUCACUGUGGCAGCGAAUGCCCCAAGCAGUAAAUUUCAAUUUAAAUUAGUUCGUUAAAAUCGAAAAUAAUGGGUGGUAGUUUCAAGGACAUAUCGAUCAUAAGCUGAACGAGGUCUCAUUUCAAAUUGGGUUGGUUAAAAAAUAUUUCAGGGAAUAUAGAAAUUAUUUUUUCAAGAGUCAAUGAAUAAAAAUAAUGACAAUAAAUUAAUACACAAUACUAUUUCCAUGGAACUUAGGUUGAUCAAAAAUUUAUCAAGCUCACGAGAAAAAAAUGCAAGUAGGACCUGGAUCAUGAUAA